UAGUGGUAGAAACGCCUCCGCCGCACGGCAUUCCUCGUUCAGCCGCGUUCGCCGCCCAUCGCCUGAAAAGAUCCAGUUCGUGUGUUCGAGUUAAUAUCAAAUAGAUCAGCCAAUAUGUCCAUCUCAGCGUUCCGGCGGAAGAAGCUACUCUACGUGUUCAACGUUUUCUUCGAUGUGAACCAGAGCGGCACCAUCGAGCGCAAGGACUUCGAACUCGCCAUAGAGAAAAUCUGCAGUCUCCGAGGCUGGAAACCCGGAGACGCCAAGAACACUGAAACACAUGAAAUUAUGAUCAAGAUCUGGGAGGGACUGCGGAAGAGGGCCGACUCCAACAGGGACGGCCAGGUGUCGGUGGAGGAGUGGGUGUCGAUGUGGAACGACUACGCGCAGGACCCGGCGGCGGCGCUGCAGUGGCAGCAGCUGUACUGCCAGUUCAUGUUCCAGCUGGAGGACGCCAGCGCCGACGGCACCAUCGACUGCCACGAGUUCACCACCGUGUGCUCCGCCUACGGCAUCCGCGCCGCCGAGUGCGAGGCCGCCUUCGCCAAGAUGGCCAAGGGCAAGGCGAGCGUGUCGUGGGAGGAGUUCCAGGAGCUGUGGAAGGAGUUCUUCGCCACCGAGGACCCCGACGCGCCCGGCAACUUCAUCUUCGGUCGAACUAGCUUCUAAACUCCGCCGAGCCCUCCCUGCGCGCCGCGGGCGACGCCCCGCAGCGCGCUCGCGCGAGCGACGCGGACGCGCGACGCCGCGGUUCCAUCGCGUUUUCCCGUACAAGCUUCAACGAGUUUUGGAAUCAAAUUCAAUUAUUAUGAAUCGUGAGAUACACCAUUACAUUAAACGUCAAUGUCACUCGACAACUUCAUUUUGCGUGUGUGUGUGUGUGCAGAGCGUAUAGUGAUUUUCCUCUUAAUAUUCGAUACGUGGAGUCUUCACAGGUUUUCCCAUAUCGACGCUCAAAAUGACUUUUCGAUCUCUUAGGGCGCGUGCUGACGACGAACCUCCUGCCGUCACUCUCGUGUAGCAUAUCUGUAGUCAUAUCUAGUUAUAGUUCCUCGACUCCUAAUACUCGUCGGUUCGGUUUCGUGUUUCGAUGUAAACCGAGCGUUAAGAAAUUGUAUUAAAUUGACGUGUUGUCGUAUCCCUCGUACAUUACGUUAGGCAACAAGAGACCAACGCGCAGCACUGCCACGCUCCUCUCGCCGCGUGUCGCCGGAACGGUUCUAGUCCAAUGAUGUUCGUAUUACUUACUAAUUAUUGUAUUUCAACUAUAAUUCGUUAUAUUACUAUUGUUGUAUCGAAUGAUACAAAUAUUGAUCGUUUUGUUUGAUGAUUUAGAUAAUUCGAACGAUUCAAGUUGUUACACAUUCAAAUGUUUUAUUGUAUGUAUAUAAAAUGAAUUAAAAGUUUAUGUCACAAUA